AUGGUUCCUGCAAACACGACUGGCACCAUACUGAGCAAGAGGCAACUCAGUCGGCUAGCAGAUCUAGAAAUCGUCCGUAAAGCGAUAGCUGCUGGUAUUGAACAAUACCUAGAAAAAUCACGACGAAAGCUGUUCGAUAUUCCACAAGACAUUAUCAAGGUCAUCUUGGGACUGGCAUAUGCCAAUGAUCAGCAGACAGUCACUGUGAGCGAGAAAGGUGGGCGAGCGGCGACAAAGGUCGAAGACUUUCUUGUCUCGAAGGCCUACUUCGUGGUCGCCGCCCCUGCGUACGUGGGUGACCGCGUGUUCCAAAUCCAAGACCGAUCUCUCUUCCAAGGCAUAAUAAACGCGUACGCCACCAGAAUCAUCAUCACCGAUGCGCUGUCUCUAGAACAUUGGAUGAAAGGCGCCUUCGCCAACGUGAGGAGGAUGGAAAUGCAAUUGUCCGACUGCUGUCUACAGGGGUGGUACACAAUUGAAUGGCGCCAGGAACAGACAAAGAGACAAACGGAGCUCAGUUGGCUCUCGAAGAAGGGUCGGGAAGUUCUUGGAGGCCUAGAGUCGCUCAGCGUAACUUUGAGUCGCAUAAAGGCAGCCCUUGGGCCAUCUCCGCAUCGUGCCCGCACGAUCGACAUCUGUCGCAAAAACGCAGAGUCGCGCUGUAACGUGCGCCUGUUCUCGGCAACUACUCUAGUGGAGACGAACCAAAGCGACCGGCCAUCUACCCUGGCCCGAGAGUCGUUUUCGAGUCACAAGCUGAAGGAACAUAGACCAGCAGGUCUUCUGGUCGGAUGCUGGGCGCUCUAUCAUGAGGAUGAGAGAAUGCAGGGUGCUUGUAUCUCGCAUCUGAAACCACGUUUGCAAAGUGCCUUUUCCGCUCGAGUCCUCUUGCAAGACCCACAGAUGAUUGAAAUCCCCUUGCUGCCAGACCAGAGGGCCAGUCACUAUCUCCACUCAGACCACUCAGUCACAUAA